CUCUGCAUCUGUUUGAACUCAUUUAUGUAUUAUGGGAGUCACAGGGAGGACCUGGAUACAAAAUCACAUUCCAUGUCACUCAAAAAGCAUGAAAGGGAGCGUUGAGUCUGCUUCCCUGGACACACAUGCUGUUAGCAUAGCUUCCUCCGUCCGGCCUGUUGAGAGCUCAGGGUCGUUGCCUGGAGACGGCCUGCUGCAUUUCGGGUAAGCCAAGAUGGCGACACCUAUGCAUCGACUGAUUGCCCGCAGACAAGCGGAAGCUAAUAAACAACAUGUUCGAUGUCAAAAGUGUUUAGAAUAUGGUCACUGGACCUAUGAGUGUACUGGAAAACGGAAGUAUCUACAUAGACCAUCACGAACCAUGCAAUUAAAGAAGACUUUAAAAGAAAAACAAAAUAAACUAUCAUUACCAACAAGUGGACAAGGAAAUACAGAAAAGAAGAUAAAGAAGAAAAGGUCGCAGAGCAUUAGCAGCAGCAGCAGCAGUACUUCUACUGAUUCAUCAUCAGACAGUGAAACAUCAUCCAAUUCCUCCACGUCAGAAAGCAGCAGCAGUGAUGAUGACAGUUCAUCAACUGACAGCUCCUCAUCUUCCUCAACCUCUUCAUCAAGUGAAACGUCAUCUUCAGAUUCGGACUCUGACUCUAGUUCCAGUAGUAGUAUUAGUAGCUCUGAUGAAGAACCACCAAAAAAGAGGCAAAAAUCGUGACAGUACUCUCUGAGCUGAUCUGCAAGUUUCGUAAGCAUCCUUUCUGUUUGAAACAGUGUCUUUUUAAGGUAACUAAAAACAAAAGAAAAUGGCUUCUUUUAAAGAAUCUGUUACAGACAAAUUAUGAAUCAAAUGUGAAGUGUAUGCCUAAUAUUUGUGACCUUCAAAUGUGCCUGUCUACAAAUUGAAUCUUUGGUCCAUUUCUUUAAAGUGAAUAUUGUCAUUUUCUGUAGUGUACAGUAAUUUUCUAUUAGGCAACUUCUUAUAAAUUAAUGGGUCAGCAUGCAAAUGUUAAAGUAGUCAAGAUACUCUGAUAAUGGGAAAUAUACAUUUUGAAAACCUGAAAACGUCACAGCAAAUGUUGGGCUACCUGGCCCAUAAUAUCUGUAAUUGUGAAGAAGCUAUCUACUUGGUCUCAUUUCUCUAACCUUUCAGAUUUCGCCCCCCCUCCCCCCCCCCCCCAUCCCUCAUAUAUAUUUAUUUAUUUCAUCUAUUCAUCCAAUUAUGGACUGUUGCUUCUUCACCAUUUGUUAGUGUAUUCCAUAUAACAGCAAGACUCUAUUUUUUUUAUAUAAAAAGUCAACCUCCUUCUUUAGUUCUUCUGAAGAAUGACCUAAAUGUGUGCCAUCUUGUUACUUAUUUGUCAAAUAUUGAAAUAGCUCAUCAAAGCUCUUCAAAUAUUGUAAAGCUAAUGGAUUUGCUCUCAACCUUGUCCCUGAAAUUAUUCUCAAAAGGCUGUUAGCAAUAUUUCACCUUUAUAAGACAUACUGUUGUUAAAUGUAUUAUAUGUGCUAUUUUUAUAAACCUCGAAUUAAAUCUGUCCCCAUUAUUCUUAUUCAAAUAUGAUCGUCUCCCUUUUUUGUAAAUUUGAUUUGUAUGUAUCCUUUUGUUUUAAAGAGAAAGUAUAUCUCAUUAAAUUGAGAUGGGUUAUUCUGUCAACAAAUUGCUGUGAUUUUGAACCGUUCCUGUUUUAUUAAUUAGCCACUGAGGUAAUAAAGGCACAGAAAUGUUAUGUAUUUGUCUCAAGUGAAUUGAGCACGUAUGGAACUUUGUAGAGGAGAAAAAAAUUGAGAGAAACUACAUUCAGAGAUAUCAUGCCUCAUUUGCAUUUUGAAUAUUGUUAGUAAUCAGCUAUCUCCAAAUAUAUUUACUGCCUUUUUCCAUGGUGUCCCUAUAAGUUUUAUAAACUUAUAUGCAUGGCAGUUACUUUUCAAAAAAAUAUAUUUACAAAGGUGCAAUAUUGUUGUUCCAAACUUUUAUUGCUGGAAUUCUGUUCAAACAAUAUAUGCAUCAGAGAUCUGUAAAUGCAAUAAUUCCCUGCAGAACAAAAAGUCCCAUUAUAGUAAGAUGUAUUUCCAAAAUGUUAUUGAAAUGAAAAAAAGGGUAGAAUUCAAAUGCAGGAAUAAGAACAAAGAAUUAUUGUGAUUUUUUUUCUCUCUCAGUAUUGCUUCUGUAUUUUAAAUUUAUCUGGAACUCUGCAAGCAGGCAUAGUUCAAAAAUGAACCAUAAAUUAAUGACUUGGGAUUUUUGUGCAGCACUAUCUUUUAUAAUAUUAAGCUGUGUUGCCGCAUCUCAAUUAUAGAACUUGUUCAAUUAGCACAUAAUAUGAAACUUCAAGAAAUCUGUAAAAUUAAGUGUUUAAGCCUGCUGUUACACAAAUUAAUCCAUAUAAUUUGAUUUGCCUGUCUACCCUGAUUUAAACCUCCCAUGUGAAAUGCUAAUUGAUUUUUUAAAAUUCCAAAAUAUAUAAUUGCCUUAGAGUUCCAAAUAUUUCAUUUAUGAAUCAUAUAUAAUACUAUGUAUUUUUGCUCCUCCUGUUUUAUUUAUCUUCCCUCCCUUUGCAAUCUUUCUUUGGAGGAUGUACAGAAUGAUGUUUGACCUGCAUCAUCUUUCAGUAUAAUAGUUCACAUGAAGAUAACAUAAAAACAUAACUAUAGCUGGAAUAAAAAAAAUCUUGCAUUCAAGAUGCAAAUACCUGGAGACUCUUUUAAUAAAAGACCUGUUAAAUGUCAUAAUUUAAAGUAUGGUGUAAGAUUAGAGCAGUAUUACAAUUAAACAAGAAAGUCUUUUGUUUUAAGGUUGUAUAUCUAUCCCCUGGUUUGUGGGUUUACUCUCUGUACCUUAUUCUUGUCCCUUUGCAUCAUCUGAUGUUUUUGCCAAGAUGGGAGGUGUUUAAUCUGUUGCAUCUAUACUAGUGCUGCAAGAAACCAGCUUGGCUAAUGAUGGCUAAAGACUGCUUUUACUUGAUGUUGACAAGCUGCUUGACAUUACUGGCUAUCUUUAAGCAAUCCAGCUGUGAUCACAUUCUGGUGAAUCACUAAUGUGAUUGCCAAACAUUAUGCCCAGUUUUCAGGAGGUUAUUUCUGUCAUUUAUGUUUCUUAAUAUGGAACUAUUUUGGUGUCUGAUUGUCUCGUCAUCUGCACCAAAUUUCAGACAUCAAAAUUGUGUAUUGUACAGUGGCAUAUGAGUGAAUAUCUCCUUUUGCUUUUAAAUUACUUCAUACAAAAUACAAAAAUUCCAUAAAUUUGUCAUAAAUCACAAAUUGAAUUUAACUUUUUAUGUAUACAUUGAAGCUGUGAUUUAAUCAUUCAUAUUCCAAUUGAAAAAAUAUAAGUUUUUCAUCUUAUUUAGCAGUAGGUUAUACUUGCAGCUCUGUGUUUUGUGGUUUGCAUCCACACAGCACAGGCAAAGUGACGUACCAUCUCUUUCAAUGAUAGCAACUGUAGCUUUCUAGUCAUGUACCUUUUCUGCCAUCUGCUGCCAAAUUCCUUUGUCUUUCAUCUGUCACCAUGCCUUCAUUAUUUUUCAAAUUCACACGAGGUUUUUUCCCCUCCUACAUCUCCAAUGUACUUUUGUAUUCCACUCUGAUGAACCACCAAUUUAAAGAAAAACCAGGAUGUCACAUGAGCUGUAGUGGUUUGCUAAUUGGGCUACUUGUGGGCAUUCUUUAGACUUGUGGAAAAUUGAGUAUGUUAUACAAUUUUUGGAAGAUGCCCAGAUGUGUUUAGUACUUUUAGAACAGCCACUAUUACCACGUGUUCUUGUUGCCAAAUUGUACUCGCUACCCAAUGCUUCAACAGGAGUGCUCUCCUUAUAUUUAUCCUUUUCCCCCUCCUUUGCUAAUUUUUUAUAAGAAUGCUUUUAAUAGCAGUGCUAUGAAUAAAUAUUAAUUAUCUACAUUGGUUUGACUUAUGAAGCAUAUGUACUUAAACUGUCACACAUAUUUCAUAGAAGAUUUAUGAUACCGGAGGCUGCCACUUAGCUGUUGUCUGUGCCGAUAAUUGUUAAAUGGCAAUGUAUUUUUGCUCCUGUUAAUUUCUGCAUUGUUUUAAAAGUUCUUCUCUCAAGAGACAUUGUGGCCAAGGUACAGUUCCUUAGCUACAAGCAGAUUUCUGGAAACUUGCCAAAUCUGAUUUAUUGCCCUGUGUGGGCCAGAAAUGUUAGGUUUCACAAGAAUCUAACUCUGUUCUUGUGCAACAUUUCUGCCUGGAGUGCUGGAUAAUAAUCUUCCUACAUUAAUCAUCCAACUUAACGGAAGUAACUGUAUCUGAGGUUUACUUGUCCUAGUUUCACACUAUUACAGUUAUCUGAUGCGUGUACUAAAGCAGAUAUUAACGUGGUUGAUCUUUAAUUUUAGACGUUAUAAGCUUUUUUUAAAUGUCAUCUUGUUUAUUUUUCUGUGGAGGGUCAGCUUAGUAAAUGUACUUCACAGUACUUUAAACUAUUAGAAAAGUGUGCUGUUUUGUAUGUUUCAGAUUUUUCAUAAAUGUAUAAACUUUAAAAAAAUGUUGCCAGUAUUUUAAUAUGUGGGUUAAACAUUUUAAAAGACGAUUGUUAUUUCAAUGUGUAUAAAUUGAAACUUAUGCCCUUUUCUGGUUUUAAAUAAAGAUAAGACUGCAA